CAGAACCCGAAAUUGCAGAAAAACCCUAAAAUCGCUUGAACCCACGAUACUCUCUCUGGAAAAAAAAAAAAAGACAGCUUCAAGCUCGAAAGGCCUUCAAUUAGAUCGAGCAUCAUCAGGGGAAGGAGUAAAAGACUCGAUCGAAACCAGCAAAAGAUAAGAAUACUUUCGUUCGAGCUUCUGAAACCAAGACGAGAUCGAAACCGGGAGAGAAGUAGAAAUCGUUUUCUCAAUCGAAGAACUUUGGUCGGAAUUGAAAAUAAGACAGCGUAGAUUGAACAGUUGAGAGAUGAAGAGAAAGAUAGCCAUUGGUUUCGAAGGCUCAGCCAACAAGAUCGGUGUUGGAAUCGUGACAUUAGAGGGUACAAUCUUGGCGAAUCCUCGUCAUACAUACAUAACACCGCCCGGUCACGGCUUCCUUCCAAGAGAGACCGCACAUCACCAUCUCGACCACGUUCUUCCUCUGGUCAAAUCAGCUCUCGAGACUUCCCAAAUAACCCCUGAAGAGAUCGACUGCAUCUGCUACACGAAAGGUCCCGGGAUGGGAGCACCGUUGCAGGUCUCGGCCAUCGUCGUUAGGGUGUUGUCACAGCUUUGGAAGAAGCCUAUCGUCGCUGUGAACCACUGCGUUGCUCACAUUGAGAUGGGGAGAGUUGUUACUGGAGCUGAUGAUCCUGUUGUUCUCUAUGUGAGUGGUGGCAACACUCAGGUGAUUGCUUAUAGUGAAGGUAGAUACAGGAUCUUCGGCGAGACCAUUGAUAUCGCUGUUGGUAAUUGCUUGGACCGGUUCGCUAGAGUCUUGAAGCUUUCUAAUGAUCCAAGCCCUGGUUAUAACAUUGAGCAGCUUGCGAAGAAAGGAGAAAACUUUAUCGAUCUUCCGUAUGCUGUUAAGGGUAUGGAUGUAUCCUUCAGCGGAAUCUUGAGUUACAUUGAAACUACAGCGGAGGAGAAGCUCAAGAACAACGAGUGCACACCAGCAGACUUGUGCUAUUCACUUCAAGAGACGGUGUUUGCGAUGCUUGUUGAGAUCACGGAGAGAGCGAUGGCGCAUUGUGACAAGAAAGACGUUUUGAUUGUUGGCGGCGUCGGGUGUAACGAGCGUUUGCAGGACAUGAUGAGGACGAUGUGCUCUGAACGUGACGGUAAGCUGUUUGCUACGGAUGACCGUUACUGCAUCGAUAACGGAGCGAUGAUCGCUUACACGGGUCUGCUCGCGUUUGUUAACGGUAUUGAAACGCCGAUCCAAGACUCCACCUUUACGCAGCGGUUUCGCACCGACGAGGUUCAUGCGGUGUGGCGAGAGAAGGAAGAUUUGGUACUUGGAGAUAAGAACGUUACUUGGUGAUUGUGUACCAUUUUGUUUUAUUAUUUUUAUACAUUUUGAGAUUGAAUCUCUCUACUCCUCGAUACAUUGUUUUUUUCUUGUAAGUUCAGUUUAAGUGUUUUAUUAAUGAAAUGUUAAGGUCGUUUUUUUUUAAUGAUUUUCAAGAUUGGUGUAACAUUUUCAUAGCACAAGUAGUUGCGGCAAUUUUCUAUGUGAAUGUUCAAAUGAUUUGUGUU